GGGGCCGGGCCGGGCCGGGCCGGGGGAGGCGGAGCCACCGUUGUCGCCGCCGUGGGGGCCGCGGGCCGGGGGCAGCCGCAGGAGUUGCAUAUCCAAAAAGUGGAUGUUCAGGAUAACAUGUCCAAUGUGUCGGAAGAGAGAAGCACUAGACAACAGGACAUUAAGAAAGGACUUCAGUUUAUAGAAUCUACUUUGCCCUAUCCAGGGACACAAGAACAAUAUGAGUUAUUUAUACGAGAACUUGUUAGAAAUCUUUUUAAUGAAGGGAAUGAUGUGUAUCGAGAAGGCGAUUGGAGAGGAUCACUGAGUCACUAUACAGAAGCUAUAAACAUAGCAGAUUAUGCGAAUUCUGAAGAAAUCCAUGUUUCUGAUGAUAUUUUAGAGAAGUUGCAUGUAAACAGGAUAGCAUGUUUUUCAAAUAUGGGACUUCAUGAAAAGGUUCUAGAAGACUGUGAGAUAGCAUUAAGGUUGAAUGAAAACAAUUUCAGAGCUCUCUAUCGGAAAGCAAAAGCUUUGAACGAGCUGGGAAGGUAUAAGAAGGCUUAUGAUGCUGUAGCAAAAUGUUCUCUUGCUGUGCCGCAGGAUGAAAGUGUGAUUAAACUGACUCAAGAGCUAGCUCAAAAAUUAGGGUUAAAAAUAAGGAAAGCAUAUGUAAGAGCAAAGCCUCCCUCUUCAAAUUCAGGUUCUAGUGAUAUAUCAAAUCAGAAUUCUUCUUCUUCUGUAGAAGAUAUUGAGUUAGAUUUAUCUGACCAGAAGCAAGAAAUGGUUUCUGCUGCUUCUUCAUCAGUCUUCGUUUCUGAAUUGUCUAAAAUGGCAUCAGUACCCCUGUCAUCCUUAUCUUCUGUUAUGUCUCUUCAAGUGGAAAAGGUUUCUUUGCCUUCUGCAGUGUUGGCAAAUGGAGGAAAUGUUUCUUUCUCUAUGCCAGAAGCAUGUUUAGAUUGUGGAGAUGGAGAUAUAAUUAUUGGGGAAGAACUUGACGAAUUACUUGAUUCUGUGCCUGAUCCAGAUGAAAGUGUAAUGCAAACUACAGGUGCCAGGGGACCUAUUCCUGCAGGAGGUGUAGCUCCCAGUGUUCCUUUCUCUGCCUCACUGCUGGGGACAUUGCCAGUUAGCGCAGGAUUUGUUCCUUCGCCUUCUCUUUCAGAAAUCUUUUCACAGCCUUUGGCUUCUUCACUGGAAAAUUUUUGUUCACCAUUAAGCACCUUUUCAAUCAGUGACCCAAAAAGAGAUCUCUCAAGUUCAGCUUCUAGAGAUGGAACACCAACUCUUAACAGCAAUAAUUCCCCAUUGUUUAUAAAUGGCCCUAGUAGUUUGUUUGGGUCCGAAAAUUACAUGGGAAUUGCAGGUCAAACUAGAAAUGAGUUUUCAAAUGUUUUUAGCAGUGCAACUGCUAAUAUACCUGUAUCUUCAGCACUUGCGGGAAGAAAUCCAUUAGAAGGCACACAUGAGCUAAGACAGGCCUGCCAGUUAUGUUUUGUCAAAAAAGGUCCUAAAUUAUUGGAUUAUGCUUACCAUCCCAAUUUAGAACAUAAAUGUAAGAAGGAUAUUCUAAUUGGCAGAAUAAAAAACUCUGAAGAUAAAUCAUGGAAGAAAAUACGUCCAAGACCAACAAAGACACAAUAUGUAGGACCAUAUUAUAUAUGUAAAGAUGUUGCUGCUGAAGAGGAAUGCCGAUAUCCAGGUCACUGCACGUUUGCGUAUUGCCAAGAGGAGAUAGAUGUAUGGACACUGGAGCGCAAAGGGGCCUUUAGUCGAGAAGCUCUUUUUGGAGGAAAUGGAAAGAUCAACUUCACCGUGUCCCGACUUCUUCAAGAACAUCAUGGAUUAUUUAUGUUUCUUUGUGAGAAAUGUUUUGAUCACAAACCCAGAAUAAUAAGCAAAAGGAACAAAGAUAAUUCAUCUUCUUGCUCUCACCCUGCUAUGCAUGACUUUGAAGAUAACAAGUGCCUUGUCCACAUUUUGCGAGAAACUAUGGUGAAGUAUUCCAAAAUCCGCCCUUUUCAAAUUCGUUGUCAACUUGACCUGUGCAGACAUGAGGUGCAUUAUGGCUGCUUAAGAGAGGAUAAAUGCUUUUAUGCUCACAGUCUGGUAGAGCUUAAAGUCUGGAUAAUGCAGAAGGAAACAGGUAUUUCACAUGAUGCUAUUGUUCAAGAAUCAAAGAAAUAUUGGCAGAACAUGGAAGCUAGCACACAUGGAUCACAGAUCCUUGGGAACCAAAUGAAAUAUGGAUCACUUAAUUUGAAGAUGAAGUUUGUUUGUGGCCAGUGCUGGAGAAAUGGUCAAGUUAAUGAGCCAGACAGAAACAAAAAAUACUGCAGUGCAAAGGCAAGACACCCGUGGACCAAAGAUCGCCGUGUGGUGCUCGUGAUGUCUAAUGAACGUAAGAAGUGGAUGACUAUUCGUCCUCUUCCAGCAAAGAAACAAGUGCCUCUGCAGUUUGAUUUGUGCAAUCAUAUUGCUUCAGGCAAGAAAUGUCAGUAUGAUGGAAACUGCUCAUUUGCUCACAGUCCCGAGGAAAGAGAGAUGUGGACCUAUAUGAAGGAGAACAGCAUUCAAGACUUGGAGCAGUUGUAUGACAUAUGGCUAAAAAGUCAAAAACCAGAAAAAGGAGAUGAUACAGCUGCUCAGGCAAAUAAAGAAAAUGGGAAGCAAAUUCACAUGCCGACUGACUAUGCUGAAGUUACAGUGGAUUUUCACUGUUGGAUGUGUGGGAAGAACUGUAAUAGUGAGAAACAAUGGCAGGGUCACAUUUCUUCUGAGAAGCAUAAAGAAAAGGUUUUCCACACUGAGGAUGAUCAAAACUGCUGGCAGUAUCGCUUUCCAACUGGAUAUUUUAGCAUUUGUGAUAGAUAUAUGGCUGGUACUUGCACUGAAGGAAACAACUGUAAAUUUGCCCAUGGAAAUGCUGAACUCCAUGAGUGGGAAGAAAGAAGACAAGUUUUAAGAAUGAAGCUCAGCAAAGCAAGAAAAGACCACUUGAUUGCUCCCAGUGAUAAUGACUUUGGAAAAUAUAGUUUUUUGUUUAAAGAUUUAAACUAAUACUGAGAUGACAUAUACAUGUUACCAGCUGGAAGCAUAAACCAGAGAAUUUGACAAUAAUCAAAAGCAUGUGACAGAAAAGCUGCAGGUUUUCUGCUUUUAUUGGCAUAUAUUGUUCCUCCUGAACAGCAAAAAUAUAGUAGAUUUAGGGGGAUUGAGUGGACCUGUCUAUGCUCUUGUGAAACAGAGUGGUGAUUAAAAAAAAAUCUGAAGUAUUAUGUGCUUACUCACCUCCUGUUGGACAGAAAGUUAGGGAAUAGAAGGGGGGAAGAGAGGUUAUAAUGUCUAGGAAGCCCCCCUAGUAUCAAUCCUUCAGUUGAAAAACUUUAAGGCAUCAAGGUAUUACAAAACUGAGUGUUAUAGGCUAAGAAGAAAAUGAUGAAUGAAAAUUCUUCAGAUCUUUUAAUGGAGAGGAUUUGUUUAAAACAAAGUUUGCUACUUAUCUAUAUGUAGGUUGCUAAAAAGGAUUUUCUUAUUAAAGAUUUUAAACAAAAUAACCAUUUAACUACAAUAUAUGUUGAAUGGGUAUUUUUUUCUCUAUUUGUAUGUUUCAAUAUCAUUUACUGAAAAAGGAUCUUGAGAGGAAAAACGUAUUAAUUUUUGAAAAUGAAGUAGUUAAAAUUCUGUUUCUUGGUCUUUGCUGUUUAAAUGAUGAUUUUGAAAGAUUACACUUGUAUGUCAGUAUUGUGUAUUAUUGUAUGGACUAAUGUUGCCUGUAAUAAAGAGAACUUUACACAAAGCUGUUUUCUGCAUGUAGCCUCUCAGGACUGAGAUUUUGUAAAAACGAAUAAUGAUUUGCCUAUUAGCAAAAGCUUGAGCACCUAUAGCUAAAAUUUAGAAAGUUGGUAUCUGUAUCGCCGGCUGCUUGUUUGCAGUUUUCUUUAUUGGCAUCAACUCUUUGGACUCAUCACAUUAUUAAAAUAACAAAAAUGGCCAACUUACUUGUGAAGUUAAAUGAGCGUUUUGGAGCUACAUGGUGCUGGGACAUGUUUUCAGGCUUUUGACUUGGGCAUGAUCAACACCUCAGCUCUAAGGUGCGUGGUGCUCGAGAUUCCCUUUCCCACAGACCACAGGUAAUGGAAGCCAUCCACGGGCUGAGAUCAGCUCUGACAAAUGAGCCUUUGGGCUUUAUGGUCACUGGAGCUCCUAUUUGUUUCAUUUUGGCUUCUCUGCAGAUCAUACGUCCAGCUUCAAUUUUGUGUUAAUUCAGUUUUGUUUUUUUUAAAUGAAGCUUCUUUCAGUCAGUCAUUCAAAAUAGCUAAAGUGAGGUUUCUCCUCCCUUCUUUUACUCCCCAUGCCUUACCUUUCCCUCAAGAGUAUUUUUAUUCUCCUCUAUUAGCUCACCUAUCUAAUUAGAAGAGCUUUAAGAAUGACUUCAGUAGUUUGAAUGUAGUCAUUGGCAAUAUAUUGUGUAUGUAAAAAGUGUUGAACCAAAGUUCAGUGAUACCCAUGCAAGUGACAAGCCUGGAUGUUGAAAUUUCCCUUUCACUUCACGAACUAAAAGCACAAUGAAUAAUACUAAACCAACAGCCUCAGCAUGGGGGAACUUGUGUAGUAACUGUUCCUUGCAGACUCGGCUGGGGUGCAUUUGAAUACAAUGUACAGUAUGCAUACAAAAUGAGCUUGGUGCUUGAAAUACCACCUCUUGCGAUGCUAAUUUUUUGCAUUGUUUGUAAUAAACUGAGCUUGAAAUAGAGUACUAUGACACUGUUAUUUCUGUGACAAAACCUGAUUGUAUUGUGUGCCUUUCUGACUUGCUUUCUCAAUUUUAUGCUUUCCUUGUUUAAUGUAAGUGAUCUGUAAAUUAUUGGAAGUUAUCCUAGACAAAACUAAAUAUGAAAGCCUUGUUCUGUA